CUUUGACCUUUGUAAUGACGCAGACAUAUUGUAUAACGUAUAACGUAUUCAAACAUCAUUGCAACCGCCACGUAUACAUCCUAAAUUUGUUUCCAUAUCUGAUAUAUUUGAUGAGCCUGAUGUCGAAACAAUGGCUGUGAAAAUGGUAGAUGUGUGCAUUUCUCUCAACCAUUAUUUACCAAUGAUACUGACAUUGUGCGCCAUAGCAACGUUUGGUAGUACUGAGCAGCAUGUAGUCGGCUGGCUCGGGCAAGAUGUACGCCUACUAUGCAACUUCACCAAUGAAGACGUGCUUGCAGUGUAUUGGAUGAAUGGCAGUGACAUAACCAAGGCCUCCUACUUCAAACAGCAACGAAUAAGCUUGGAUGACCGGUUUGCUUUGAAUGAGGAUUUCUCUCUCGUCAUCAAUGAUCUCGAGGUGUCAGACGAAGGAAGAUACGUGUGUCACGUUGAAUUCUAUUCUGCAGAAAGUUUGACAAUGCACACCAUACUGGCUGUCUACGCACAAGUAUCAACUCCUCGCAUCGGACAAUGUUCCCAUAAGCCAACCGGGAACGAAUUUCAAAGUUACUGCGAGGUGACAACUACCGACACCCAGCCUUUUCACUUGGACUGUCGAGUGACUGGCUUCAGACCGAAUGUUUCCCUUGAGUGGACCUCCUCGGGGACUGUGAAGAAGCCCCUUGGAGAACCUUUCCAGAAGACACUACCUGACGGCACAGCUGACCGGGUGGUUACAAUCAGCGUCACUGCCAAAGUUGACGAAGAUCGGUCUUACACCUGUACGGUGAAGGGACGGGCGACCAAUGGAACAGAUCGGACAGCAACAAUCACGGUGCUUGCUCUAGGCCAAGGGGUGUCUACUUGGGCAAAGAUCGGCUUUGGUGUACUCGGGGGCUCCAUGUUGAUCGCUCUAAUUCUGCCAGUCAUCGCAGUGGCCCUUUACAGACUAGGUCAUUUGAGAGCUCUUCGAAAAGAAAUAAGGACAUACACUUUCAAAAAACCCGGUAAGGAAAAUGAAAAGGCAGCCGCGCACAUCGGUCUUUUUGGUGAGAUGGGAGCUGGGAAGUCUACAUUCCUCAAUUCUAUUGAGUUCGCAUACAAAGGCAAGCGAAGCCAGCCAACCAGAAGCACAGCACAUUCAACUGGAGGACACACUGAACUACGAAAUUGUCUUCGUCUUACUGACUAUAUUUCUCUGUUCGACAAUCGCGGCAUGAAAGAUUUUAGUUUGUCAUAUGUGGACCAGUAUAUGGAUGAAAUCAGAGGCAAGAAAGAAGAAGCAGGUUCAUCAGUUUCUACCUGUCUUAUUAGUGAGGAAAUUUAUUGCGCUGUGUUCGUCUAUAAACACGGUGACUCUCAAAAGAAGAAAGCAGCUGUGGAGUUUUUUGACAAGUUUUCAACAAAACUUCGAAAUUAUAGUGGUUAUCAACCGAUGAUAGUCAUUACUCACGCCAACAGCUUGUCGACAGAAACCAAGAGAGAUUUGAAAGAGAGCUUCAAAUCCUAUUGCGACGAAGUGUGGUUCUUUGAAAACUAUACUAAGUCCAUCAACAACUUGGGGAAGAGCAUCGAGUUUUUGAAGUUUCUCAAAGCAUCGCUAUAUCGCAGCGAAGUCGCCAUCGUAACCCAUGAGCGACAGAAUGAACGCGAAAGAGAGAUAGAGGCAAAGAAGGGUUUUUUUGCGCGUUGGUUUGGUUGGUGAGCAUAGAUGUAUGCAUGUGCGUCACUAUGUUAUACUUUGACGGGGUGGUGUCCUCAGACCACAAUUGCAAACAUUAAAUCCAAAUUUUAAUUUGAACAAUCUAUUGAAAUGAAUCCUGGCAUAAUAGGAUCUCAUUUAUAAUUCGUUAUUGUUUGCUUUAUAUUGAAUCAAUCUGUUCUUCAAAAAGAAAGAAAUCUAGUGUUUCAUUAUUAAACACUGCACUGCUUGCAGGCGUGUACGCAGCAGGGGGGGUUGGGGGUUGAACCCCCCCUCAAUUUUGUUUAUGUGUGUGAUUUUUGAUGAAACCCCCGCCCUCAUAAAAAAAAA